UAAUAUUACAGUCACCUUGGGUAUUUUAUUAUGAAUAUCAGGGUAACUUUCAGCAGUAAAAAAUGUAUGCACUACAAUCUACAAUGCCUGAAAUUCAAAGAAAGGUACCCAAGAUAACCGUUAUAACUUUACUGUAACUAAUAAUUUGAUAUAGAACCUCCUCCUUUUUUGAAGUCGGAUAAAAAAUAUUUCGUCCCCUUUUCAUAGAGGAAUUAUUUUUGUUUUCUGCCUCGAAAAGCGUUUUGUUUUUCCACCUGCACCUCAUCAAAAUGACAUAUUUUCUCCUUUUUUUUUCGAUUAUGAUUUUGCCUAAGUUACUUCACUAGCCACUGGCCAACAUGGCGAUACUUAUUUUAACCAAUCGCGUUGAAGUAAGCCAAGCCCAAGUGAUACGUGAUUGGUGCUUUAGUUAGCUGUCAUGGUUUGACACAUUUUGUGAGACACGCUCAAAAAUAUUAAAUAAAUUUUCAGCUGUUUUCACCAAAAUGAUUUUUCUAGUUCCAAAAAAUGGAUUUUUUACAGGAACGCGAUAAUACAACUGAUACAGAGUCUAGUUACGGCCACUGCCGAUGUUGUUUAGAAGAAGGCUACCACAGGAACAUCACCAAAGCUUAUCUAAGCAGUGGUUCUAAAGAAAUCUACGCGGAUAUUUUAUUAGAUUGUUUCAAUGUUUUUCUAUCAACACAUACCAACCUAAGCACACUAAUAUGCUCCGACUGCGUGGCCCAGUUGCGGGCAGCGAGGGACUUCAAGGCGUUGGUGUUACGGACGGAGGAGCAACUCAUGGAGGAGCUACAGAAAUGCGACAACGAGCAGAUGGUUCUAGUCAAUGUGCCCAUACCAAAGGAAACGUUAGGGACAACGGUAGGCUUCAAAAUUGAAGUCAACGACUUUGGAAACUUCACUGAGACCAAGCAGGAUGCUGAGAGUGACGAAUGUGCGCAAGAGGUGACAAUUACACUAAACGAUGAUAGCAACUCUGAUACGCAGAUCAGCUGGAAUGAUUCAAAUAAGCCACCCAAGCAGACCCAACUCCACAUAGAUCCUAAAGAACGGCUCAAAAGAGCCCUAAUCGUGAACACCUACAAUUUACUACAAUUCUCUAACGCCACACUUUUCAGAAGCAAAAUGCGUUCCGCUGGUUUCCCCUGUUUCUACUGCAGAGAGUCAUUUGAAGAAUUUGACCAUCUGAGGCAACACCAAACCGAACUGCAUCCAAAAGUUUCGCUUUUAAGAACUCUGAAAUUAUACACUGCAGAAACUUUAGUUGUAUAUGCAGACGUUCAAGACUUAAAAUGCACUGUCUGCGAUAUUACGAUACCGAGUCUUAAAGAAUUCAAAGAGCAUCUCAUAGAAAUACACAAGAAUAAGUUUUAUUCUAAUGUCACGGAUCGAGUUGUGCCAUUCAAAGUGCUCGAGAAUUACUUUGAAUGUCAAAUCUGUGCGUUCAACUUUGAGACGUUUGGUUCGAUAGAAAAACACAUGAACACACACUACAGAAACUAUGUGUGCAAUUUCUGCGGUGCAGGUUUUAUAACCACCAUGCGAUUGAAAAAACAUAUGGAUACUCGACACAGAGACGGGACUUUUCCAUGCGACAGUUGCAAAAAGGUGUUCAGAACGCAGCAAAAAUUGAGGUACCACGUUGAUUUUGUUCAUAAAAUGCUCAAAAAGGUUAAAUGUUCUAAGUGCACAGAGCGGUUUUCAGAUUAUUUUUUACGGAAGAAACAUAUGGUGAAAGUUCACGGAGAGAAACCAGUGGUUUACCGUUGUAAUGUGUGCAAUAAAGGGUAUCAGAGACGGUAUACUCUCGCCUGUCAUAUGAAGAGGCACAUGGAGCUGAAAGACGUCAAAUGUGACAUUUGUACAUAUUCAUGUUACAACAAGACUGAGUUGAGGGAGCACAUGUUGAAACACUACAAAUCGAACAUAGAACGGUCAUACGUAUGCUCCAUCUGUAGCAAGAAUUAUUCGAGAAGGAAGUCGUUGAAAAUACACAUGAAAAGUCAUAUGGACGUUAUGUGAGAGCACUACAGGUUUAAUUAUUUAAAUAGCUGAUGAUAUGGUGACAUAGCCCGAUGGAUUAGCAAGCUGAAGUGGCAAUGGGCAGGGCACAUAGUACGCAGAACUGAC